AAAUUAUAGUAUAUUCUGUAAAAAUUUGGCGGGAAUUUGGAAACUUUGUUGACUUUGUAACCUUUGUGUUCUUCUGAAUUUUGAAACUCAUUGUUUUUAAUUUAAUAAUUUCACAGAAAAAUGGAAAAAUCGGUUGGGUCAACUAUUGAAGAAAUUAAAUUACAAGAGCAGGACAAAGAGAUAAAACUAAAGGAAAAACGUGAAUUGGAUGCUACAAAAGCAACUUUGCACAGAGCCAUACGAGAUACUAUCGCCCAAAGUGAGAAGGCUAAAGAGGAAAUAUUGGCUCUGCAGAACAAAACAGAUCGACUUCGUUCGAGGCUGGAAAUAGAAAACAUAAAUAGAAAUGCACUUUCAUUGCAAAUUGACGCUUGCAGUAAGGAACUUGAGGAAUUAAGAGCCAAAUCUGACCAGGGCAUUUCAGAAGUAUGGAACAUCCGCGCAUCACUGAGCGAAGCAGUCCACAGCGUGGCUGAUGAGUGUGAUCUCUGGGCUCUGCUCAUGAAACCGAGCAUCGAAACCAAGCCCAGGCCAGCCCCAGUCGGUCCUGUAGUGCCGGAACCAGUUCCAGAGAAUGAGGAGAGGCUAAAGGAGGCUUUAGCGAAGCGGGAACGCAUGCGAGCAGAGCGAGAUCGCUUACUAUCUGAGCCUGAUGUUGGUGAUGAAUAUUUAAGGAUUAAAAAUGCUUUACGCUAUUCGUUAGAAAUGACUACUCAACUCAAAAAGGCUUUGUAAAAUUUUAUGAAUACUCAGAAGAAUAAUUUCAAAUUUUGACAUUUUAGUUUUACCACAGACCCGAUAUUGCCA